UGCACGUUAGUAGGCGCCAUAUUGGUAAGGAAGAGUGAAAAAGGCGUCAAAUAUUCGAUUGUUGUGGAAAGUUGAUGGUGGUCGAUUGGACGGCGAAGCUUUGGAAGAAAAAACAUACGAACGGGCACUGCUUUAAUUUAUUUCCCCUCCCCUUGUACAUAAGGCACGCACAGCCCCAUCAAAGAUGUCGUCUGAAACAGGAGGGACGGCUGUGUCGAGUGCCGCCGCCGGGAUGAGUCGGGUGGAGUCUUCUUCCACCGUCCGAGAAGACAACACCAAUAAUACUUCUUCAGUCGACAGCACCGGACCCCAUGCCGACACUCAGAAACAACCUCAGGGUAAAAAUGUCAUAGAACAUCAAGAAGAAGCCAAGCUAAAGGCCAAAUAUCCAAAUUUGCAAAUAAAAGGAGGUGGCUCAGCCUUGUUGCAGAAGCGUUUACAGAGAGGUUUUCAGUACUUUGAUUCUGGGGACUAUAACAUGGCAAAAGCCAAACAGAACAACCCGUCAGCUCCUUUACCUGCAUUAGAGAAACGCUAUUUUCAAGAUUCCUUUGGAGAGCCUAUUCCCAAACCUCCAAAACCUGAAAACCUCCCUCCAAAAAAACCUCACUGUCAGACAAGCAAACUGGCCAGUGAUACAGCAGCGACAGCUUCUUCUCCUUCUCCUUUAUGAUCAGACAUUUUAUAGUUGCUGGCUUGGGCUGCCUCUUUUCACCCCCCAUUCCCUCCUCUUUUUUUUUUUUUUAACUGUGUGUGUGGGUGUGCGUGUAUGUGUGUCUUUUUUUUUUUUUUUUGUUUUGCAGUUGAGCAGCAGUCAUGAUACUUAACACCCGUCUUUGCAUUAUUGACACAUGCUCGUUUCGAAACACUAAUGCAAUUGCAAAUUAAUCUUGUUCCCUCCUCUCUUAUUUUGUUGUUGUUGUUGUCACAAUGCAAUAAGUACCACCACAAAAGAAAAAAGGAAAAAAAAAAAAAAGCAAGCAGCCAUUUCACUGCAACUGCGACAGGUAUCACCUUUGAGGUAACCCUGUUGUUGUUGGAGAUUUUUGCAGACAAGAAAUAUUCCGUUAAAACCCUCUUUCAAUACAAUGGUCAUCCAGUGAAUGAAGAAGAUAUUAGCAAAAGCGCUGCUACUGUACUCUUUCCUUCUUUUCUUCCCCACCAGUUUUUAAAAUAAAAUUAUUUUUUCUUUUUUUUUUCCUUGCCUUUUCCUAACUCCACUGCUUAUCGUUAAUUAAUUAUCUCCUAUAUUUGAUAACUUUUUUUUAAUCUAUCCACUUUUGGUGGUUUUUAAUUUUUUU